AUGGAUGAGCUCAUAGCGGCCGAUUACCUUGUUGUGGGCGCUGGUGCUAUGGGGAUGGCCUUCGUUGACACCAUUCUCACCGAGGGCAAGAAAACAAUCGUUAUGGUCGACCGCUAUGCCCGUCCAGGCGGCCACUGGACGACUGCCUACCCCUUCGUCCGCCUACACCAACCAGCUGCUUCGUACGGCGUGAACUCGACGCGUCUCGAACACGAUGGUAUCGAGGAGUUCGGCUGGAACAAGGGCCUUUGUGACUGCUCAUCUCGCGACGACGUGUGUGCUUAUUUCGAAAGGGUCAUGAGGAAGACAUUCUUAGCUUCAGGACGGGUCCAAUACUUCCCCAAGUGCGAUUACAUUGAGGAGGGCAAGUUUCGCUCCAUCCUGACAGGGAAAACGUACCGCGUCGCCAAGGACACAUGCAUUGUCGAUGCGACUUAUAGCCGAACUGUUGUUCCAUCAAUGCGGCCAGCUCCAUACGACGUCGCCAGCGAGGUGGAUAUUGUGACACCCAACGAUCUUGCUGAAGCUUCGCGUGGAUACAAAUGCUAUACUGUUGUUGGUGGUGGGAAAACAAGCAUGGACGCUUGCCUGUGGCUCCUGGAGAAUGGCAUCAACGCCUCUAAAAUCACGUGGAUUAGACCACGCGAUUCAUAUCUGUUGGACCGGUCUAAAUUUCAGCCGGGGCCUCAGUUCGCCGCGCAAGUCGGAGCUUUUGUCCAAGGUUCGGUCGAGUCAGUUAUGGCCGCCUCCUCGCUAGAAGAUUUUCUAAAACGCCAGGCGGCCAAGCAAAACCUACUUCAGCUGGACGAGAAGGUUGUGCCUACUAUGUUUCAUUGCGCCACGGUAUCACAAAUUGAGUUUGAGGCACUCAAGGAGAUCAAAUCUGUUGUCCGUAAAGGCCAUGUUACUAGUGUGACGCGGGAAGAAGUGACGCUCGAACAAGGUAGCUAUAAACCCGAACCGGACACACUCUACAUUGAUUGCUCGGCUGGAGGAAUCCCUAAGCUCCCUCCGGUGCCUGUGUUCCGAAGCCGCAACAUCACACUUCAGCCCGUCCGAUACUGCCAGCAGACGUUCAGCGCGGCAAUGAUCGCUCAUGUCGAGGCAACCUACGAAGACGACAAGAUCAAGAACGAGCUCUGUGGGCCUGUCCCAAUGCCCAACAGGCCUCUUGACUUUCCCCUCGUCAUGCUCCAGACCAACUUGAACAAUAUAGCCUGGCUCAAACGGCCACAAACAGCUUCGUGGUUGGGACAUAGUCGCCUGGACGUAAUGAAGACCAUUGUUCCGCGCGAUCCCGAGCAGCAAGUCGCCCACAACAAACAAACACUUACGAUUCUUGAAGCAGCAUGCAAGAAGAUUCAGCAACUGAUCGACAUGCUACCUGAGACAGACGCAAAUAACAUGUACACGCAGCUGGAAAACUUCUCUCUCUCGAGUCGCGCACAGCUGUAG